AUGGAAAACAAAGAAACCCCAACCAAUCAACUCGACCCACAACCAAAAUGCGACCGGAAAUCUAUUCCAACAAUGCUAGAAUUCAUUCACAAGCAAGAAGAACCAGGAGGAGGAGGAGGAGGAGAAGAAGAGGAUGUCCUGGAGAUGCAUGGGGUUCCGGUUCCACCAAUCACAUCCCUGCCAGUGUCUGUUUCUGACGUUACUCCAGUGAGACCCUUCCGCAGACCCCACCGAGGACGGAGUUCCAGCAGCAAGCGUAAGAGGGAUAAUCCAAACAUCGAGAAACAGCAAGCCAUGUUGAAAAAGCUGCAAUUUUUGAUGGAAACAUUGAAGCCCGUACCUUUUAUACCCCCUAAGAUUCUUUAUUUUUCUAAGCAUGAAAAGCUUCUUAAGAAAAUUGGUUUGUGGGACUUUGUGCAUAUUGAUUUUGAUACCAAUGUAAGGGUAGACUUGAUUGCGCAGUUGGUGGCUACCUAUGAUUCAAAAUUGCGGUGUUGUUAUGUUAAUAAAUUUCGUAUUGCUGCAAAUAGAACUAAUUUAGCUCGUGCAUUAAAGUUGCCGGUGAAGAGGGUGAAGGGUAAUGUGGGUGGGGUGAACGGUGUGGACUUGGGUUCCGAGGUAUUGGAUGAGGAGGAGACAGAGUUUAUUGAAGAGAUUUUGUACGAUUGGGUGAUUUUGCAUGGCGACAUGUGGUCGAUACCAAAUGAGGUUUUGAGUUGGGUAGGGAGGAUAAAGGAUGGGCACCCUGAGGAUGUAGAUUGGGCUGGAUUGUUUUGGUUUAUGGUGGAGAAGGAGUUGACACAAGGGGAGCAGUUGAUUGAUUGUUACUAUGCUUCACAUUUGCAGUAUUUAAUUAAGUCGCAGCAUGAGGAAGUGUUCGUGUUGAGGGAUGCGGUGGCAAAGGAAGAAGAAGAAGAUCGGAACAAUGAGGUAGAUGUGAAGGUCGGUGGUAUAACAGAGGUUCGGGAAGUGAUGGAGGGAAGGAGUAUGGAGCUCACACUAGGAGAAAAUGUUGGGAACAAGGAAGAAGAGGUGAAUAAUAUAGAGAUGAUGGAUGCUGGGGAAUGCAAGGACAAGGAUGUAGAGGAGCAACGGAGGUGGCUUUUGGAUGGGAAGAAAAAUGUGGGAGAGCAUUACAUGAAAAGUACUAGUGUCGAAGAGGGUUGGAGGUGUAGUCUCAUUGAUGAUGAGAAGGAAACGAUUGAGAAGGCAGCAGAGGAUGUAUUUAAUAUUAAUUUUUUGUCGGAUGAUGAUGCUCAUGAAGGCGAUGGACUGACAGGUAAUUUACUUCAAGCCAUGGUGGGGAACCACUUAGAUUUCAGUGCACAGGGGCAGCUUUGUGAACCGUCACCAGUGGAUCUUAAUUCUGAUGUGCUGGAUUUGGCUUCUGUUCCAUCAUUUUCUAACAAUGCAGGCAAACGAUUUAUGGUACAGGACAAUGAUAUUUCACAACAUUCACUCGAGGAUAAUAAGAACAAGAGGUUGAUGAUCAACAACUCCUGGGAUCAUAAGCCAGUUAGUUUUGGAAUGUGCAUGGAGAAAAUGCAACAAUCAGCCGAAAGGUUCAAUUUGAUGUAUAAGGAGAAGGAAAAGACUCUGCAACAAUUGGAUAGGAAUCAACAGAUCUUGCUGAAUGAGUUACAGGAACGGGAUAUGAUGAUAAAACAUUUGCAAAAGACCAAGUUGGAAGAGAUACGGACAAGAGAUGGAGAACUUUAUCGUCUUCAACGUGAGCUGCACUUAAUGUCUAGUAUCUUGGAUGGUUACAAGAAGGCCAUGAAGGAAACUCAGGAGGCAUUUGCCGAAUAUAGGAAGAAAUCCCAACUUCCUGAAGAACCAUAUUACAUAGAUGCUGGAUUUGGGGGUCUGAUGUUGAGCGCUACAGAAAUAGAGAAGCUUCACAAGAAACAAGAAGAAGAGUAUACAUUGAAUUGUUUAAUCUUGGAACAGAAGGCGAAGGAGGCUGAAGAGAAUUGUGCUGGUCGUUUUGAAGCAUAUCUUGAGAAGGUUAAUUUGUUGGACAAGAAGUUGACAGGUAUUGAGACUGUUACGAAGGAGCUCACUGAGUCGUAUGCUAAACAGAAAAUGAAGAAAAAGCUUCUGCAUUCCUGA